GGGAAUCCCCUGACUCACUGGUAAGUCCAAUGACGCUGGGCUCGCUUGGCGGCUCAAUCGGUAGUAGUUAUAAGAAAUGACGGCGCCUUAUGACACCAUAUUCACCUCGGAGCGACAUUAAACCUUGAUUAAAAACUUUUUUUAGGGAUAUGCGUACAUGACGAUUAGCUGAUUCUUUACCAUGUUUACAGAAUGGGUACAAGGCAGAGUAAAGCAUCGAACAGCAGCGUGACAACACAGAACGGCGAUGACAGAAUGGCUACAAGACAGGGUGAAGUCUCAGACAGCAGAGUGACAACACAGGACGGCGAUGACAGAAUGGCUACAAGCCAGAGUGAAGUCUCCAACAGCAGCGUGACAACACAGGACGGCGAUGACAGAAUGGCUACAAGGCAGAAUGAAGUCUCCAACAGCAGUGUGACAACACAGGACGGCGAUGACAGAAUGUCUACAAGGCAGAGUGAAGUCACAAACAGCAGCGUGACAACACAGGACGGCGAUGACAGAAUGGCUACAAGCCAGAGAAAAGUCACAAACAGAAGCGUGACAACACAGGACGGCGAUGACAGAAUGGCUACAAGCCAGAGUGAAGUCACAAACAGCAGCGUGACAACACAGGACGGCGAUGACAGAAUGGCUACGAGACAGAGUGAAGUCUCAGACAGCAGAGUGACAACACAGGACGGCGAUGACAGAAUGGCUACAAGCCAGAGUGAAGUCUCCAACAGCAGUGUGACAACACAGGACGGCGAUGACAGAAUGGCUACAAGCCAGAGUGAAGUCUCAGACAGCAGCGUGACAACACAGGACGGCGAUGACAGAAUGGCUACAAGGCAGAGCGAAGUCUCCAACAGCAGCGUGACAACACAGGACGGCGAUGAUAGAAUGGCUACAAGACAGAGUGAAGUCUCCAACAGCAGUGUGACAACACAGGACGGCGAUGACAGAAUGGCAACAAGUCAGAGUGAAGUCACAAACAGCAGCGUGACAACACAGGACGACGAUGACAGUAUAUACGAAGAACAUCUACAAAAUGGCUUCAAAGCCCUGCAGACUGGAGACCUGGACAAUGCAGAGCGAAGCUUUGCAUCGGCGCUCAGGUCUGUUCAUGUCAAAGGUCAACACAAGAAAGAGCUAGAGGCAGAUCCCCUGUACAGGUUAAGUGACGUCUAUCUUAAGAGAGGAGUCCAGUCAAAGGAGGGGGGAGACUUCACCAAGGCUGCAGCACUCUGUAACGCAGCACUGGUAAGAGCUAGGAGAGAAGAUGCGGAGGAAACUAUACAGGAAAUAACUCAAGUAUUUGUGAGGGAAGUCCUGAAGAUUGAACAGAAGGUAGACAAUGAUGAUACAGAGAAGCACAAAUCUAUGUUGGAGGCUGAUAGGGACUACGUAGAAACAGAAAUUAAAAGAAUUGACAAUGACUCUGAGAUAGAUCCAUAUAGUCUUGAUGACGAGGACCCAAAGAUAAAAGAAGUGGAAAUGAAGAGAGUGGAAGCAAUCAAAGCUUUGUUUCAGGCACUUGUUGGUCAGCGUAAUAUGUUUAUAGGUGGUCUUGUAGAUGAAUGUAUUAAGGUGAUGGGUCCCCCUCCCUGUAAGUACGCCAUGAUAGGUAUGGGUUCACAGGCCACGGGAUUGGUCACCCCAUACUCUGAUCUGGAGUUCGCCAUUUUGGUAGAGGAGGAAACCGAGCAUAAUGUCACCUAUUUCCGCAACCUCACUCAUUAUCUGCAUCUCAAAGUGAUCAAUCUGGGAGAAACCAUUCUCCCGGCCAUGGCGAUUAAGUCUCUGAAUGAUUUCUACUCAGACGACCCCCUGGACAACUGGUUUUAUGACUCUGUAACACCGCGCGGUUUUGCGUUCGAUGGAGCCAUGCCGCAUGCAUGCAAGACUCCAUUGGGUAGGGGAAGAAACAGCACAGGAACAAGCGAACUCAUCCGCACACCAAGUAAUAUGACCAACAUUCUGAAAGACGAUCUUACGUUCCAUUUAACGAAAGGCUACCAUCUCGCCAGUAUAUUGGGAAAUGUGACUUUUAUCACAGGAGAGCAGGGCUUGGUCAGUGAGUAUAGGUCUUUGUGGACUCAGCAACUUUUAGAAAGUGAUAGGAGAGUUCCGCUGUUGAUGGCAAAUACUGUACUGGUUGAUAAUGUAUCGAUCUUUCAACAUCAGACUCUCACUGCUAGUCUGAUGAAUGUAAAGAAAGAUUUGUAUCGAUUUUCGAGCCUUGCAGUGUCCUUUUGGGCGCUACGUCAUAACAUACAGCUAACCACUAUCUGGGAGACUAUUCAAGUGAUGAAAAACAGUGGAGUCAUCAGUAGUGAGAAUGCACACCACUUACUGGUCAUGGUCAGUAUCUCAGCAGAACUAAGGCUGCGGACUUACAUGAGCAAUCGUGGUCAGGUUGAAAAUAUGUCAGCCUUGUCGUCUGUGUCAAUCGAAACGGAAAUUGGGGAGGCGUUGAAGAAAGUGUUUUACGUCUCGAAUACAAAGCAGCUAUUAAGGUAUUAUUACACAGAGAGACCACUAAAACGCCUUCUUUCACAGCUGGCUGGCCCUUAUCAGCCUUUUGAAGAGUCUUCAAUCUUCUAUGACGAUUCUCCAAAACUGAAAGCUAAAGUAUUCGAAAGUCUGUGCGAUUUCCAAAAUUUUAAGACAUACACAGAACAGGCACUAGACAAUUAUCUAUCUCCGCAUGGCAAAUACACUGUAGACAGGAAUGUUAUGAAAUUACUUAACGACUUGGGUAAUGCUUGGAGCAACCUUGGGGAUUACAGAAAGGCGGUCAGCUAUCACGAACAGUCACUACAGAUGGAGCGGAGUAUCUAUGGCGAGGGUACUGAACAUUCUACUUAUAUUGCGGCCUCACUUAACAACUUGGGUGAGGCGUGGAGCAACCUUGGGGAUUACAGGAAGGCGGUAAGCUAUCACGAACAGUCACUACAGAUGGAGCGGAGUAUCUAUGGCGAGGGUACUGAACAUUCUUAUAUUGCGGCCUCACUCAACAACUUGGGUAACGCCUGGAGAAACCUUGGGGAUUACAGGAGGGCGGUCAGCUAUUACGAACAGUCACUACAGAUGAGGCGGAGUAUACAUGGCGAAGGCACUGAACAUUCUGAUAUUGCCACCUCACUUAACAACUUGGGUAUGGCCUGGAGUGACCUUGGGGAUUACAGAAAGGCGGUAAGCUAUCACGAACAGUCACUACAGAUGGAGCGGAGUAUCUAUGGCGAGGGCACUGAACAUUCUGGUAUUGCCGCCUCACUUAACAACUUGGGUACGGCCUGGAGUGACCUUGGGGAUUACAGGAAGGCGGUCAGCUAUUACGAACAGUCACUACAGAUGAGGCGGAGUAUCUAUGGCGAAGGCACUGAACAUUCUGAUAUUGCCGCCUCACUUAACAACCUGGGUAGCGCAUGGGACGACCUUGGGAAUUACAGGAAGGCGGUCAGCUAUUACGAACAGUCACUACAGAUGAUGCGGAGUAUCUAUGGCGAGGGUACUGAACAUUCUGAUAUUGCCAAAUCACUUCACAACUUGGGUAUCGCCUGGAGAAACCUUGGGGAUUACAGGAAGGCGGUCAGCUAUCACGAACAGUCACUGCAGAUGAGGCAGAGUAUCUAUGGUGAGGGUACUGAACAUUCUGAUAUUGCCCACUCACUUAACAACUUGGGUAAUGCCUGGGGCAACCUUGGGGAUUACAGGAAGGCGGUUAGCUAUCACGAACAGUCACUUCAGAUGAGGCGGAGUAUCUAUGGCGAGACUACUGAACAUUCUGAUCUUGUCGCCUCACUUAACAGCUUGGGUAACGCCUGGAGUGACCUUGGGGAUUACAGGAAGGCAGUCAGCUAUUACGAACAGUCGCUACAGAUGGAGCGGAGAAUAUAUGGCGAGGGCACUGAGCAUUCUGAUAUUGCCGCCUCACUUAACAACUUGGGUUCCGCCUGGAGUAACCUUGGGGAUUACAAGAAGGCUAUCAGCUAUUACGAACAGUCACUACAGAUGAAGCGGAGUAUAUAUGGCGAGGGCACUGAACAUUCUGAUAUUGCCGCCUCACUUAACAACUUGGGUAACGCCUCGUGCAAUAUCGGGGAUUACAGGAAGGCGGUCAGCUAUCACGAACAGUCACUGCAGAUGAAGCAUAGUAUCUAUGGCGAGGAUACUGAACAUUCUGAUAUUGCCGACUCACUUAACAACUUGGGUGCCGCUUGGAGCAAGCUUGGGGAUUACAGGAAGGCGGUCAGCUAUCACGAACAGUCACUACAGAUGAGGCGGAGUAUCUAUGGGGAGGGUACUGAACAUUCUGAUAUUGCCGACUCACUUAACAACUUGGGUACCGCCUGUAGCGAGCUUGGGGAUUACAGGAAGGCGGUCAGCUAUUACGAUCAGUCACUACAGAUGAGGCGGAGUAUCUAUGGCGAGAGCACUGAGCAUUCUGAUAUUGCCGCCUUACUUAACAACUUGGGUAACGCCUGGAGCAAGCUUGGGGAUUAUAGAAAGGCGAUCAGCUAUCACGAACAGUCACUACAGAUGAUGCAGAGUAUCUAUGGCGAGGGCACUGAACAUUCUAGUAUUGCCGCCUCACUUAACAACUUGGGUAACGCCUGGAGAAAUCUCGGUGACUACAGAAGGGCGGUCAGCUUUUACGAGAAGUCAUUAGAGAUGAGGCGGAGUAUCUAUGGGAAGGACAGUGCCCAUCCUGAUAUUGUCCGCUCGCUGAACAACUUGUGCGCCACUUGGAGAGACCUUGGUGAUUACAAAAAGGCCAUCGAAUAUUUCUUUAAGAAGAAACAGAUGGAACAGAUGCUCGGAACCGCAGCUGAGUAAUCAGUACAAACAUGCCCCAUUCUUAGUAGCUGUGUAUGAACUCCUCUACCAAAGUUGGUGUACUUUUACUAUGCAACAUUUUGUAAAGGGAGCAGAUUAUAGGCCUAAGAAUUUAGCGCAAUCACAUCGGAUUGUUGGGCUCUAAAUAGUACAAAUGUAAUCUGUAACAUAUCUGGCGUGUUACGCCGAAGGGUGUGGCUAUACCCCUACAGAUGCGUACGUAG